UUUAUCUUCCCACACAUUUUUUAGACACGAAUAUAGAGAGACGCAGAAACUGAGACCUCCUCCUUUUCUUUUCUUCCCAUUUCUACCGAGCUUCGAUCCAAUCUUGGAUUCACAGAAGAGGAAGACACUGAACUGGAGAAAACCCUAAUUUCUAACCUAAUUGAAGGAGGCUUUCUAUUUCGAUCUAUAGAUCUGUGCCGAAUUGGCUCUGCGAAGGAGGUGCGGAUCUUAGAGUCUUGGUUCUAUCGGGAGCUCACGCUAUGGCUUGCAUAAAAAGCGUUAACAGAUCGGCGUCCGUCGCCUUCUCGCCGGAAUCGCAUUACCUCGCGGCUGGGACCAUAGCCGGUGCGGUAGAUCUGUCGUUUAGUUCUUCUGCGAACAUUGAGAUAUUCAAGCUCGAUUUCCAGUCGGACGAUCGCGAGCUCCUGCUUACUGGUGAGUGCCCGAGCAGUGAACGGUUUAAUCGGCUUUCGUGGAGUAAGACUGGAUCUGGAACUGAAGAAUUCUCCCUCGGACUUAUUGCCGGAGGGCUUGUUGAUGGACAUAUCAGUAUUUGGAAUCCUCUCACUCUUAUGCGCCAAGAGGAAAUUGAAGGGGCCCUUGUUAGUCGUCUUACUAAGCAUACAGGACCUGUUCUUGGUUUGGAAUUCAACAGUAUCACACCAAAUCUACUUGCUUCUGGAGCUGAUGGGGGUGAAAUCUGCAUAUGGGAUAUGGCAAACCCAGUAGAACCCACUCAUUUUCCACCUCUCAAGGGUGUUGGAUCUGGUUCUCAAACUGAUAUUUCCUUCUUAUCAUGGAAUCACAAGGUUCAACAUAUAUUAGCAUCCACUUCACAUAAUGGAACUACAGUGGUUUGGGACUUGAGGCGGCAGAAGCCAGUGAUAACAUUGUCAGAUUCAAGUAGAAGAGGAAGCUCUGUUUUGCAGUGGAAUCCUGAUGUUGCGACUCAGCUAAUUGUUGCUUCUGAUGAUGAUAGUUCACCUUCUCUAAGGUUGUGGGAUAUGAGGAACCCAAUGUCACCAUCAAAAGAAUUUGUUGGGCACACUCGAGGUGUAAUUGCAAUGUCAUGGUGUCCUAAUGAUAGUUCCUAUUUGCUUACCUGUGCUAAAGAUAACCGGACAAUUUGCUGGGACACAUUUACAGGAGAGAUUAUAUCUGAAUUGCCAGCAGGGACUAACUGGAAUUUUGAUAUCCACUGGUAUCCAAAGAUACCGGGCAUCGUAUCAGCUUCUUCAUUUGACGGAAAAAUGGGCAUCUAUAAUAUUGAGGCCUGCAGCAAACUAGCUGUUGGCGAGGGUUCCUUUGGCACAGCUCACUUGAGAGCUCCAAAGUGGUUAAAAUGCCCAGUUGGGGCCUCUUUUGGUUUUGGAGGAAAAUUUGUUUUGUUCCACCCUGGUCCAUCAACUGUAGGUGGCCAAUCUGGAAAUUCUCAGGUUUAUGUGCAUAACUUGGUCACUGAAGAAAGCUUGGUAAACCAUUGCAUGGAAUUUGAAGCUGCAAUUCAAAAUGGGGAAAAAUCUUCUCUGAGGGCUUUAUGUGAUAAGAAAUCCCAAGAGUCUGAAUCUGAGGAUGAUAGAGAAACAUGGGGCUUCUUGAAGGUUAUGUUCGAGGAAGAAGGGACAGCAAGGACGAAAUUACUCACCCACCUUGGGUUCAGCAUUCCAGCUCAAGAUAAUGUACAGGAUGAGCUUUCUCAGCAAGUAAAUGCUGUCAGUCUUGAUGAAAAGUCAACAAUUAAGACUGGAUUGGCCAGAGACAAUGAUGCCAACAUAUUCCCUUCAGAUAAUGCUGAAGACUUCUUUAAUAAUCUUCAAAGCCCCAAGGAAGAUCCAUCUGUAUCACCUUCUAUUGAUAACUUUGUAGUUGAAGGUGAUGCCAUGCGCAAUGGAGAACAAGUGCAACAAGAAUUGGAUGGAGUGGGAGAAACAACUGACUCUUCAGUUGAUGAUAGCAUUCAGCAUGCUUUGAUUGUUGGAGACUACAAGGAGGCAGUUUCCCUGUGUAUAUCAGCAAAUAGAAUGGCUGAUGCCUUAGUUAUUGCUCAUGUUGGCAGUCCAUCUCUUUGGGAGAGUACACGUGAUCAGUACCUGAAAAGGAGCCCUUACUCUUACUUAAAGGUUGUAGCUGCAAUGGUGAACAAUGAUCUUAUGACACUUGUAAACACCCGGCCCUUGAGCUCCUGGAAAGAAACCCUUGCUCUUCUCUGCUCUUUUGCACAGCAGGAGGAGUGGACUCUGCUAUGUGACACUCUUGCUUCAAGGUUAAUGGUUGUUGGAAACACAUUAGCUGCAACUCUCUGCUAUAUAUGUGCUGGAAAUAUUGACAAAACUGUGGAAAUCUGGUCCCAGAGUCUGAAGGCUGAGCAUGAAGGGAAACCCAGAGUUGACCUUCUCCAGGACUUGAUGGAAAAGACUAUCAUCCUUGCUUUGGCAACUGGACAAAAGCAAUUUAGUGCAUCACUGUCCAAGCUGGUUGAGAAUUAUGCUGAACUACUUGCAAGCCAAGGGCUCCUAAAAACAGCAAUGGAAUACUUAAAACUUUUGGGUUCAGAAAAUUCAUCUCAUGAACUUGUUAUCUUGCGAGAUCGCAUAGCUCUCUCUUUAGAAGAGAAAGAAUUGCCCAAGGCACUCCCUUAUGAAAUCUCUCAACCACAAACAGAGGUCAUAUAUGGUUCUGAAAAGCCCAGUUUUGGCAUAGUUGAUGGAUCACAACCAUAUUAUCAGGAUAAAACACAUCCACAGUUGCAGCCAAAUAUCCCUGGCAGUCCCUAUGGUGAAAAUUAUUCACAACCUUUUGGUGCUUCAUAUGGAGGAGGAUAUGUCACUCCUGCCCCAUAUCAACCGGCACAACCUCAGAUAUUUCUCCCAUCACAGGCACCUCAACCACCUCAGGCAAACUUUGCUGCUCCUGUUAUCACUCAACCUGCAGUGAGGCCAUUUGUUCCUGCAACACCUCUUGUGGUGAGAAACGUGGAACAAUAUCAGCAACCCACUUUGGGUUCUCAUCUAUACCCUGGAGUUGCCAACCCCACUUAUCAGCCUGGCCCACCUGUUACUGGUUCCAUUGCUUCUAUGCCAUCUCAACUGGCUUCAGUUCCUAGCCUUAAACCACCACAAGUUAUGGCACCUGCACCUACUCAAAAGGGUUUUAUGCCAGUGAGUAAUUCAGGGUUUGUUCAAACACCUGCAAUGGGAGCCAUGCAACCUUCAAAUCCUACUCAGCCAGCACAGGUCCAACCAGCCACUGCACCUCCAGCACCAGCCCCUACUGUGCAGACAGUGAAUACAUCAAAUGUACCUGCCCAUCAAAGACCUGUCAUCACAACGUUGACAAGGCUUUUCAAUGAGACAUCAGAAGCAAUGGGUGGUUCACGCGCAAAUCCUGCUAAGAAGAGGGAGAUUGAAGACAACUCUAAGAAAAUAGGAGCCUUGUUUGCAAAACUUAACAGUGGGGAUAUAUCUAAAAAUGCUGCUGAUAAGCUCGUUCAGCUUUGCCAGGCUUUGGACAAUGGGGAUUAUGGUACUGCUCUACAAAUUCAAGUCCUUUUGACAACAAGUGAGUGGGAUGAGUGCAAUUUCUGGCUUGCUGCUCUUAAGCGAAUGAUCAAGGCAAGGCAGACUGUGAGAUUAAGCUAAAGUUGGAGAUUCUUCCAGGCAACCCACUGUGGUUCUGCAUUUUUUUUUAUACGAAACUCAGGAGUGGUGUAGUUUUGAAGCACUGAUAAUCUCAUGUAAACAAGAUUGGCAUUAUAGCAAUAGAAGUUUUGUUUUUUUGUUUUUUUAUUUCUUUUCUUUUGGAUUUUUUCCUUGGUUAUUACAUUAGGGUACAUCCUUUUUCCUCCCAAUAACUUGAGUCAGAGCCCACUUAAGCUCCUUGAAAGAGCACUUAGAAAAGAUUGUUUUGGGGGCAUUGAAAAUCUAAUUUUUUUUUGUAGUGA